CUCUGGACCGCAGAGCGCAUUCAGCGGAGAGGGGCAGCAGUACACAAAAACCCACAGACUUUUUCCAUUUGAGUAAGUUUUUAACAAGUUUUAUUGGGUAAUGUCUUCAAAGCUUUUCGGCUUUUCAACGUGUUUCUGCAGAGAACGAGGACCGUAAAUUCCUGCAAAGGGCUGCCGUUUAAAAGAACGGGGUACGGGGCGCGUAUCAUAACUUUGGAAAGUGAGUUAAAGCUGCGUUUCCACGCACAACUAUGGCGCUUAGAGCGAAAGCUUUAUACGACUUUAUCGCAGAGAAUCCCGGCGAGAUCUGUGUGAGAGAAAACGAACUUCUAACUCUGUGUAGCGACGAGGUUGUCGAUGGUUGGUUAGAGGGCACGAACAGCAGAGGCGAGACCGGGCUCUUUCCAGCCUCUUACGUGGAAAUUAUAAGGACUGACACAUCACAACAUGGUAACGGUACAUCCGCUAGUCCUGAACAUUGCUAUCAAGCUAGUCCUCAGAGGAGGGACACCUCAAACGAAUCGACACCCGUUCGUUCGUCUACUUAUGCUGGACAUCUUCAACAACGACUCAGUUUUCAGACAAGUCAAGGAAGCGACGAGGAUUGGGACGAUGACUGGGAUGACAACGUAACGGCGGAGGAACACGGCGCGACACCUGAAAAAAGCGGGAGUAACUUUACUGCAGCUGGAUAUUCCACCACGAGUUCGUCUGCUUCACGACGCAGUAGCGCGCAACACCCCAAAAGCACAGGAACUGUAGGGAAAAAUUUCAAUAGGUUUACAACUUUUGUCAAGUCAGGCGGUGAGGCUUUCGUUUUGGGUGAAGCUUCAGGUUUGGUUAGAGACAGAGACAAAAUAUUUGUGCUUAUGGGACAGUAUGGUCCGGAAUGGCAGGAGAAUCCCUAUCCAUUUACGUGUACUAUCGAUGACCCAACCAAACAGACCAAAUUCAAAGGCAUGAAGAGCUAUAUGUCAUAUGGACUUACGCCAAGCCAUACACAGACCCAGGUCAAUAGACGAUACAAGCACUUUGACUGGCUUUACGCUCGACUCGUUGAAAAAUUUCCUGUCAUUUCGGUACCCCACUUGCCCGAAAAACAGGCCACAGGGCGAUUCGAAGAGGAUUUCAUUUCCAAGCGUAGAAAAGGUUUAAUAUGGUGGAUGAAUCACAUGACGAGUCAUCCACUUUUGUCCAGAUGUGAUGUUUUCCAGCAUUUCCUCACUUGCAGUAGCAAUGAUGAAAAAACCUGGAAGCAAGGCAAGAGAAAGGCGGAGAAGGAUGAAUUAGUUGGUGCCAACUUCUUCCUCACCAUCUCCCCUCCGGCUUUACCUCUCGACUUUCAAGAGGUGGAAAGCAAAGUAGAUGGUUUCAAAACGUUCACCAAAAAGAUGGACGAAAACCUCAUACAGGUCAAUGUCACCAUAAAUGAAUUUGCCCGAAAGCAGAUUACAGGUUUUAAAAAAGAAUAUCAGAGAGUUGGCCAGGCCUUCAGACUUCUAAAUCAGGCCUUCGAGUUCGACCAGCAGAUUUACUCCGCUCCGUUAAACAAGGCCAUGUCAUACACCGGAGAAGUGUAUGAGACCAUUGGGGACUAUUUCGCAGAGCAGCCCCGGCAGGAUUUGGAGCCUAUAUCCGAUCUUUUAGCGAUUUACCAGGGACAUCUUGCAAAUUUUCCAGCCAUUAUCCAUGUCCAGAAAGGAGCCCUCACCAAGGCCAAGGAGAGCCAGAAAGAUGGCGCUGCAGGAGUAGGCAUCAACGAACGCUGCAACAUCAUCUCCUGUGCAACGCUAGCCGAGAUCCAACACUUUCAUCGCACACGUGUGCGUGACUUCAAGGCACAGAUGCAACAUUUCCUACAGCAGCAGAUCAACUUUUUUCAGAAAAUCACAGGCAAGUUGGAGGAAGCCCGUGACAUGUAUGAUCAGGCUUAGAACAAUGUAUUUUUUUAUUGAAAGAACUGGAAUUAAGCUAAAAAGUUAUUUUCUUUUUAAAAAUGUUCUGGAUGACCUGAAGAAAGAGUCAUUUUAAAAAUGCGUGCCAGAUACAGACAAUGUCCCUUAAAAUGUAUACGUUGCUUUUAUGAAUUAAAUGGUACAUAAUCUGAUUAUACAAAGCAAUUGGAUUCCAUCAAUUUUCAAACUCUUAAAACUUUAAUGGGGUUUCCCAGACAGGGUUUAGAUCAAGCCAGGACUAGGCCUUAGUUAUAUUAGGCCAUUGAAGUAGUUUUUACAAACAUACUUUACAAAAAACAUUACUUGUGUGCAUCCUGAGACAAACCAAGGGCACUGACGUGUUUUUAAGAUAUGUCAGGGCAAGCUGUUUUCAUUUAAGACAGCUCAAACAAACAAUUAGUCUUGGACCAGACUUGAGCCCUGUCCAGGAAAUCGCCCCAAUGUGUAACAAUUUUAAGUUUACAUUUUAAUCAGCUUGGUACUUAAGUCAAUACUAAACAGCAACAAUUACUUCCUUAUAUAAUUGUGUGCCUAUAUGGAUGUUUUUUUCUUUCAUUUAUCCUGUUGUGACUCUAUAAAUAAGUAGAUCUGAUGUGAUCUGUCUUUUGAAUUGUCCUUUGGUUCCUUGAGUAAUCUAAAUGGAGGCAUUAUGACACAUUUAGCUGUGUUGGACUGUCUGUAUAUGGUUGUUUAACAGUCCCAUCUCAUCAGUCUCUAAUCUGUUCUGACUGAGGGAGAGGCCCGUGUCUGUUUUAAAUUAAGAGUUUGCUAGAGAAAGACGAGCUGAGUUUCUCAGGCCUGGAGGAGAAGUGCAAAGAAACACUGACCUAGAAAACAUGGGCUGAACCCCCUUUAUCUAAAUGGCAUUCCAGGCGAGUCAAAGAGGAUCGCUCACAGCUAGUUUAACAGCACCUACUUUAUUAAGUUUACACUUUUACGUUGUAAAGCAUCACAUUUUACGUACCUCAGUUAGUUUAGUUGAAGUUAAUCAGAUCAUAUUAUGAAUUCAACUUUCAUUCUCAAGACCGUUUAUCAGCUGGCUUUAUUAAAUGAAAGUGAAACUUUAGAAUAGGAUAAAAACAGGAAAAUAAAUAAAUAAAAUGAGAUGGCCUCUUUAAGAAAACCUCUCCAUUAUCAGCUCCGGUGCUUACUGAAGGAAAAAACGAGCCGUUCAGUGCAGUCAUUAUCACACUGCAGUUGAAUUAUUUAUAAGAGCUAAAGUUAGCCGUCUCUUUCCACAAACUGUCUGCUUCUCCUUUCACACUCAGGUCUUCAAUCAUAAAGAAUUUAGUUCUACAUUUCCUUAAAAUAUUAGGCAUGCACCGAUACAAAAUGUCUAUGCCGAUACCAAUAUUCGACUACUUUGAUGUCUACCGGUAGUUUAUGUCGUAUUAUGUCGUUAAAUAAAAUAAAAAUAAUAAUUGGAUAUAAUCAGCACUGAUCAUCAGCUGUUUCAAAACAAUUGGCUGAUGUCCGACAAUGAGAUUUACAUUUAGCUGACGCUUUUAUCCAAAGCGACUUAAAGGUCGCACGCCUCUGGAGCAACUAGGGGUUACGUGUCUUGAUCAGGGACACAAUGGCGUGUCACAGUGGAUUCAAACCCAGGUCUCUCACACCAAAGGCGAGUGUCUUAUCCUGCACCAUCACCACCCCUUGCUUUUAUCCGCCGAUACCGAUAAUAUGACAAUAUAUUGAUGCAUCACUAAAUAUUACAUGUAAUGGGCAUAAAAGAACAACUAAGGACAGUAAGGAAUACACAUCUCAUCUGUGUUUUAUAAAUUUUAAAAACACAAUGCAGUAUUGUCAUCUGAUUAUUUGGCCUGUGAGGCUUAUUUUAGAGAAAUUGUGAGCUAUGCCAUGCAAACAGGCUGUAUACACUUCGUGCUAAAUAGCACUAAAAGUUUGUUAUCAUAGGGGAGCCAUUUUUAGCGCUGUAUAGCACCUAUGAAGAACCAUAUGGGUGGGGGUGAUAGAGCACCAGAUAUGGUUCUAUCACAAUAG